AUGUCAGCUAUUAUAACUAAAAUCGUUAAAAAAUACAAUCUCAACAACGAGAUGAGUGUAUCUGAGCUCAGUAAAUACACCUCAGAAUUUCUUGAAAACCUUACCGAUAAUAGAAAACGGAAUCAAGGUCGACGACAUCUUCGAGAAGGUUUUAAAUUUAGCAGUGAUCAGGGCAGUUGCAAAAUAGCUAUAGCUUCGCCCCCAAAAGAUUUGGAAGAGGAGAUUAUUAGAGAGAUAACUAAACGAAUCUUACAGAAUAGAUAUGGCUUUAGUGAAGAUCAAGAGGAUUCAGAAUCAGACCCAGAUGAAGGCGAGGAUGAGGACGAAGAUGCUGUAUCAUUUAAAAAUCUCUUUUUUCUUUUAGCCUUAGAUGGUGUACAAUUUCUUCGAGAAACAUCUGGAUUUGCUAUUAAGUCAAUAAUCUUUAGCCCAAUCUCGGGUUUCACUAUUUCCAGUAAUUGGUGA